AAAAAAUUAACCAAUAUGCCAAAAAAGCUCAACGAACAACAGCUGCAUGAGCUAAAGGACUGGCUACAAUCCCACGAAAUUGUUUACAAAAAUUUACAUCGUGACUUUUCCGAUUGUUUGCCCGUGGCGAAUUUAUUAAAAAAAUUCUAUUCGAAACUGGUCGAACUGCAUAACUAUCCGCCACGCAAUAACACCCAAUUAAAAGUGAACAAUUGGGAAACAUUAAAUCUUAAGGUCCUAUCCAAGAUUGGCCUGCAACAAAAUAAACAAAUGCUGGAGAAGUUUGCCAAAGCCAUACCGGGGGCAAUUGAAUCUUUAUUGUAUGACAUAAUGAUAAUAGAUCGUGAACAACAACAACAAAAAGCUGGAGAUCAUCAAAUUAAUGAACAGGAAAAAAUUUGGACCGAAAAUGAUGAAAUAAUGACAGUAACGGUGAAUAAAAGAAUUGGUGAUGGUCUCAUACAGGUGCCACAAAAAAUGAUUCUAUAUUCAUUGUACGAGGAGGCCAUCAAGCAAUGCCAGGCCAAGGAUAAUUACAUAACUGCAGCCCAACAAAAAAUAACACAUUUGGAAAAUGUCAUACAACUGAAAGCGGAACGCAUCGAUGAAUUGUGCGCCCAGUUGGCCAAAGUGUCGGUGAGAAAUUUGCUAAGUCAUGUAAAUCGUUUGGAACAUUCGCACAGUGGUCCUGUAUUAAAUGACAAUGUUUCUAUUGGGUCUAAUUUCAAGGAGAAUGGAUCCGAGGAAAACAUAACUAUUUGA